AUGACGCACAGCAAUCAGGGACAGGGCCCCCUUCUCUUCCAAGCAAUGAGCUGUGAACCAAAGUCCUGGCAUGGUCCGCUCGCACUACCACGACAAAAACUUUCACCUUUCGUCUACCGUCCUAUCAAAGAACUUGGCUUGGAUGCGGAGCUGGGCAAACCUGCUGUCGCCGCCGAUCAUGACCCAUCAGUCGAUGCUGCAUCGGUCGCCGUCAAAGAGGAGGACGAUUCUUCUACGUCAGAUAAACAUGACGAUGAAGAUGAGGAGGAUGGUGAAGAUCCCGAACAUGCUCCUAUUGCAGACACUGGCUGGGACUGGCAAGACCAGGGAUUGGGACUUGAUCCAUGUUUGCAGGGUAAACUGUUUGUUGGACAACAGAUGUGUAACGAUGUAAAUUGGACGGGCUUGGGCUUCAGCAAUGCAAUGACAAAUGAGACGGUGGUACAAAUGCCUGCCACUGCCACUGCCACUGCAAAUGCUGACCAAUUGAGUACAGCCAUCCCCCAAGCCCUACCGGAUGGCACGGGAUAUCAUGAUCCAUCCUUUAACACCUCGUAUCUUGGUACCUACACCCCGUGCACUUGGCCUACCCCCACAUACCAAGGGCAACAUGGGCAGACUUUUGGUGAGUCGGCCCAAUAUAUUGGCGGGACCUAUUCUAUGACGGGGAGCGAUCAACGGAUUCAAUUCUUUCCGCCUGUCAAUGACAUCAAUGAAGUGCCCAUUAUCCUAGACAACAACAAUUUUGCUAUGGGAAAUCAGUACAAUGCCAACGCUGGACAACCAGGACCCUCCAAUGGCACCAACAUGCACCCCAAUCUAUCCACUUGUUCAACACCUGCUAAUCUCUCUCCGUUGGAGGUGUCAACAGUAGCCUAUGACAUCCUGAUGAGAACGGAGAAGAAAGUGAACAAAGUGCUUGACAAUCUGGCCAUUUUCAAGGACCUGAAGGAAUGGAAGAAAUUCUUCCACCAAGCCCAGUCUUUCAAUGCCUCAGCUUUUGACAACAAGAACGUUCCGCAAAGUACGUCUUCUAUGCCGACAUCGCCAUCCUUUAAACACCGACGGAUUCAACGAUCACCAUGCCGCAUACCCAAGCUAGUUCGUAAUCAUCCAUUGCCUAAACGGGGGGAUCCCAGAUCGGUCAAACAAAUCAUUGCUGCUCAUGACAGGAAGCUCAAGGUCCAUAAGGCAAAUAUGGCACAACGUGCUGACCGCACAAUCGACAACAUGAAAUUGGACGAUAAGCUCGACCGCAUCAAUCCCACUGACCCAGAAGACUCUAGGAGCGUUUUCUCUCCGGCCCUAAGCACUGCAAGGAUAUUAAAGAAUGAGACGAACAAACGUAUCUGGAAGUACUUCUUCAGACUCCAGCCAAAAAACAACAGAGAGGACAUGGAAAAUGCGCAUGCAAGACUCAUCGCCCAGUCCAACCCAAUGUCCAAGCCUUGGAGUGGUGUCGUCAGAGACAUCAAAGCCGUGAGCAGCGAUGCCUUCAGUGCAUGGGAAGACAUCACAGGCACACGGGAUAAGAUCUACGAUCUCUUCAAUGACAUCCCCGGCGUUUCCAUCGAGGUGUGCCGGGUCGAGGAAGAGGGGAAUACCAAGUUGAUGGUACUCAUUCCACCUUUUCAUGUAGACGGUAAAGAGCAUGCUUGGGAUACGUUUGACUUUGCUGCCGAGAAGGUGGAGGAUCUGCUGGCCCUCCAGAACAUUUAUGAUGUCGAUGUUGAGAUCUGGGAGACAGACUUCCAACUGGUGGUUGUCUAG